AAAGUUCAUGUUUUCACUCUCCUAUCUCGACUCCAAGGCUUGGACUGGUCCGGAAGCCGGUGAUCACUGCAGAAGAGGGCUUCAGAUGUCCAACAAGCGCGUGCUGGACUCCAACGUCCACCGACGAAGCUAAGGGCUUCCAGCUGAGGCUGUUGCCAACUUGGCGGUUCACCAAAGGGCGGGGCUGGGAGAGGGGAGAGGGAGCUUGGAGAAGCGUCCUGAGUUGCCAUGGAAACGAGGCCCAGUGGCGGUCCUAGCAGCCGAAAAGAGUCCCCUGAAACUUGUCCCCAGGGAUUACUGGUGUUCACCGGCUCUUCUGAACAGGAUGCCAACUUGGCCAAGCAGUUCUGGAUCGCGGCGUCAAUGUAUCCUCCUAACGAAUCUCAGUUGGUGCUGUCCAGAGGCAGCAGUCAGCGUCUGCCCGUGGCGGGGUCCUCUAAGAGCAGUGGGCUCGGGAAAAAUUACUUGCAGCCUUUUUUCCUUGAGAAAAACAAGAAUACAGAUGUCAUUGCUGAAACCCUAAAGAUUCAAGAAUCUGAGGAAAAAGAAAAGUAUCUCCAAAAGAUUACAGGCACCAUAGUGUAG